CAGAGGCGGCGGCGGCGGGCUCGGCCAGGGCACUAGCGCGGCGCAGCCCAGUCUUGCCCAGCCCGAGCGCGGACCCGGCGGCCGCAGCCCCGGCGCCGCCAUGGUGGAGGCGGCGCCCCCUGGGCCCGGGCCACUGCGGAGGACCUUCUUGGUGCCCGAGAUCAAGUCGCUGGACCAGUACGAUUACUCGCGGGCCAAGGCUGCGGCCAGCCUGGCGUGGGUGCUGCGGGCCGCCUUCGGAGGCGCAGAGCACGUGCCCCCAGAGCUGUGGGAACCCUUCUAUACAGACCAGUAUGCACAGGAACACGUGAAGCCCCCAGUGACGAGGCUGCUGCUCUCAGCUGAGCUCUACUGCCGGGCCUGGCGCCAGGCACUGCCGCAGCUUGAAAUACCCCCCAACCCCUCUGCACUGUUGGCCUUGUUGGCACGGAGGGGCACGGUGCCCUCACUUCCUGAACGCCCAGUGCAUGAGGCAGACCUGAGACACCAGCCCAUUCUCAUGGCAGCCCACCUAGCUGUCAUCGACGCCCUCAUGGUUGUUUUUGCCUUCGAGUGGACAAAGACGCUGCCAGGUCCCUUGGCCCUGACCAGCCUGGAGCACAAGCUCCUUUUCUGGGUGGACACGACUGUCCGGCGACUACAGGAAAAGAUGGAGCAGGAAGCUGCCCAGCGAGCCCCCACAGAUGGAACGGCCUCAUCUCAGCCCUCGCACGCAAUUGCCUUCUGUUUGAAGGAGUCGGGGAGCAAACCCCCCAUGAUCCGAUACCGGAAGGACCGUGCUGUGGCCCGCCGUGCGCCGUGCUUUCCGACUGUCACUAGCAUCCAGGACCUGGCCAGUGGGGCUGCACUGGCUGCCACAAUUCACUGCUAUUGUCCCCAAUUGUUGCGCCUUGAGGAGGUGUGCCUCAAGGACCCCAUGUCUGUGGCGGACAGCCUGUACAACCUCCAGCUAGUGCAGGAUUUCUGUGCCUCCCACCUUCCACGUGGCUGCCCGCUUUCCCUCGAGGACUUGCUGUAUGUCCCACCACCACUCAAGGUGAACCUGGUGGUGCUGCUGGCUGAGAUGUUCAUGUGCUUUGAGGUGCUCAAGCCCGACUUUGUGCAAGCCAAGGACUUGCCUGAUGGUCAUGCUGCCUCCCCCCAGGGCACUGAGGCCUCCUCAUCUCAGAACAGUGGUGGUGGUAGCAGUUCUCCGGUCUUCAAUUUCCGCCACCCACUUUUAUCUCCGGGAGGCCCCCAGUCUCCGCUCCGAGGAUCCACAGGCUCUCUGAAGUCCUCCCCAUCCAUGUCCCACAUGGAAGCCCUCGGCAAGGCCUGGAACCGGCAACUUAGCCGCCCACUCUCCCAGGCUGUGUCAUUCAGCACCCCCUUUGGCCUGGACAGCGACGUGGAUGUCGUCAUGGGAGACCCAGUCCUCCUACGCUCAGUCAGCUCAGAUAGUCUGGGGCCUCCCCGUCCAGUGUCAGCCCGGACCCCCACCCAGCCGCUCCCAGAGUCUGGUGACCUGCCUACCAUUGAAGAGGCCUUGCAGAUCAUCCACAGUGCCGAGCCCCGGCUGCUCCCAGAUGGGGCUGCUGACGGCAGCUUCUACCUCCACUCUCCAGAGGGACCCUGCAAGCCAGCCCUGGCCUCCCCUUACCUGCCUGAGGGGGCCUCCAAACCACUGUCCGAUGGGCCUACCAAAGCACCCAUCUACUUGCCGCACCCCGAGGCCCCCUCAAAACUGUCUCCCUGCCUGGUGGGGGAGGUAUCGAAAACGUCUGCCCCCUCUGAGGGGUCCCCGAAGGCAGUGCCUUCAUCCCCAGCAGCCACCAACUCCGACGUGAAGAUGACCAGCUUUGCUGAACGCAAGAAGCAACUGGUGAAGGCGGAGGCUGAGGCUGGAGCAGGAUCCCUCAUGUCCAACCCAGCCCCACCUGAGGCACUGAGCUCAGAGAUGAGUGAGCUUGGAGCCCGGCUGGAGGAGAAGCGCAGGGCCAUAGAGGCUCAAAAGCGACGGAUCGAGGCCAUCUUUGCCAAACACCGUCAGCGACUGGGCAAGAGUGCCUUCCUGCAGGUGCAGCCCCGGGAGGCCUCAGGGGAGGCAGAUGUGGAGAUAGAGUCUGGCUCGGUUCCUGCUGGGGAGCGGCCAGCAGGCGAGGGCCAGGGCGAACCAACCUCGAGGCCUAAGUCAGUGACCUUCUCCCCAGAGCUGGGCCCACUGCCCCCUGAGGGGCUGGGGGAGUACAACCGAGCAGUCAGCAAGCUGAGUGCUGCACUAAGCUCGCUGCAGCGGGACAUGCAAAGGCUCACAGACCAGCAGCAGCGGCUCCUGGCCCCACCCGAGGCCCCCGGACCUGCCCCACCCCCUGCUGCCUGGGUCAUCCCUGGCCCAGCGACUGGGCCCAAAGCUGCAUCCCCCAGCCCUGCCCGGCGUGCCCCAGCCACCCGACGCAGCCCCGGGCCAGGGCCAGCCCCGACACCCCGCAGCCCAAAGCAUGCGCGGCCAGCUGAGCUGCGGCUCACGCCCCUGACCAGGGUGCUCACACCACCCCAUGAUGUGGACAGUCUCCCCCAUUUGCGCAAGUUCUCACCAAGCCAGGUGCCUGUGCAGACCCGUUCCUCCAUCCUCCUAGCGGAAGGGCCACCUCCCGAGGAGCCUGCGCCCCGGCCUGGCCUCAUUGAGAUCCCGUUAGGCAGCCUACAAGAGCCCCCCACGGAAGAUGAGGGGGAUGGGAGCCCCCCUGGUGCAGAGGAUUCACUGGAGGAAGAGGUGUCUUCAGAGGGAGAGCCCAGGGCUGGGCUGGGCUUCUUCUACAAGGAUGAAGACAAGCCUGAGGACGAGAUGGCCCAGAAGCGGGCCAGCCUGCUGGAGCGGCAGCAGCGGCGGGCAGAGGAGGCGCGGCGGCGCAAGCAGUGGCAAGAGGCAGAAAAGGAGCAGCGGAGGGAGGAGGCUGUGAGGCUGGCCCAGGAGGAGGCCCCUGGCCCAGUCCCUGGGGCCCUUGCAGCCCCUUCAGCAGCCCUGGCCCCAGCCCCUGCCACUCGGGCCCCAGCCGAGGAGGAUGUGGGCCCCCGGCGGGGGGAGUUCACGCGGCUUGAGUAUGAACGCAGGGCCCAGCUGAAGUUGAUGGACGACUUGGACAAGGUGCUGCGGCCCCGGGCUGCGGGGGCCGGGGGGCCGGGUCGGGGCGGGCGGAGGGCCCCCCGGCCACGCUCUGGUUGCUGUGAUGACUCGGCCUUGGCGCGAAGCCCAGCCCGCGGCCUGCUGGGCUCUCGGCUCAGCAAGAUCUACUCCCAGUCCACCCUGUCCUUGUCUACUGUGGCCAACGAGGCCCCCAAUAACCUCGGUGUAAAGAGACCCACAUCUCGGGCUCCAUCUCCAUCUGGCCUUAUGUCCCCAAGCCGCCUACCUGGUAGCCGGGAACGCGACUGGGAGAAUGGCAGCAAUGCCUCCUCCCCAGCAUCGGUGCCUGAGUACACAGGUCCACGGCUGUAUAAGGAGCCCAGCGCCAAGUCCAACAAGUUCAUCAUUCAUAAUGCCCUGUCUCACUGCUGCCUGGCGGGCAAGGUGAAUGAACCACAGAAGAAUCGCAUUCUUGAGGAAAUUGAGAAGAGCAAGGCCAACCACUUCCUGAUCCUCUUUCGUGAUUCGAGCUGCCAAUUCCGAGCACUCUACACACUGUCUGGGGAGACAGAGGAGCUGUCACGGCUGGCCGGCUAUGGCCCCCGCACCGUCACACCUGCCAUGGUCGAGGGCAUCUACAAGUACAACUCAGACCGCAAGCGCUUUACCCAGAUCCCUGCCAAGACCAUGUCCAUGAGUGUUGAUGCCUUCACCAUCCAGGGACACCUCUGGCAGAGCAAGAAGCCCACCACUCCUAAGAAGGGCGGUGGCACCCCCAAAUAGCACCACUAUGGGUGGUCUACGGGCCCCCUAGAGGACAGCCAGUUGGUACUUCUGGGUCCUGUCUGUCCCCAACCUUGUCUGGGUGGGGCUGGAGUCCCCAUCCCACAACUUGGAGUCCAGUCCUGCUGUGGGGACUGAGCUGGGAGGUUCAGGGACUCAGGGCUCAGCUCAGUCCCCUUGUCUGUCCUCCCCACCUUCUUGAAUAAAAUAAUUUAAAGAGAAACUCA